AUGGCAACGGUCGCCGCCACCCAACAGGCCUUUGCGCCGGUCCUCACGGCUAUGACGACUAUGCGCGAUGGUGAGAGAGAGCAGAAGAAACAGGCACAUCAGUUCUUAGAGAGCUUCCAGAAAUCGGUGCGUCGCAUCAUUGGGGAUACACACAAGAGGGGAUUUUCAAGGAACUUUGUCGCUGACAGUUUCUACAGAGCGAAGCAUGGCAAAUGACUAUUGGAAUCCUGAAAUCUACGGCUGAUGUUGAGGCCAAGCUGUUCGCUGCUACAACGUUGAGAGGAAAGGUAGGUGGGACUGAUGACCCAUAUUCCACCUGCUAAUUUGGUAGAUAACAUACGAUGCCAAUCAAAUACCUGCCGAUGCUCUUCCUGCGCUCCGAGACCAGAUCCUGGAACUUCUUAAAGAAUUCGCAGCCGGUCCACGACCAAUCCGAAUCCAACUAUGCGUGUGUUUGGCCACCUUGGCUAUUCAAAUGACGGGAUGGAAAGAUGUGGUGCAAUUAGUGGGCACAACUUUGGGCGCCUCUACUGAAAGUCACGCCUGUAUUCUCGAUUUCCUAAAGGUUCUUCCCGAAGAGGUCACCGAAGGACGAAAGAUCAAUUUGACAGUAUGUGGGCCGAAAUACACCAUCCCGCGAGCAUCUGUAACGACGUUUGGUUGGGGAGAGAUUAGCGUAUAAGAGUCUAAUGCGUACAAUUAGGAAGAUGAGCUAUUUCAAAGAACACAGGAGUUACUGGGAGAUAACGCGACCCUGGUUGUACAACUUCUUAUCAACUAUACUCAAUCAUCCGGUAUGUUUUCCCUCUUCAUUCCAUGAACCACAUACUAAAUCCAUGCAGAAUCGGCUUCCACGAAUCCACAAUUCCUCGAAGUUAUCACAUCCUGGCUUCGGGAGGUACCGGUGGGGGAUGUUGUCAACUCCCCACUUCUAGACAUUAUAUUCAAGGCAUUGGAUUCAGAUAGAUCUUUUGAGGCUGCGACGGAUUGUUUGUGUGCAAUUUUCAAAGAGACACGUGAGGUCGACGAGUACCUCUCCACUAUUCAGGUUCUUUUGCCUCGUGUUGUUGCACUUCGUCCUCGUAUACGACAAGCCGCGGCAGAAGGAGAUGCUGAUGCGGAUCUUUACAAAGGAUUGACUAGAAUCUUUUCAGACGCUGGGGAAGCAUGGGUGGUUUUGAUUGCUCGUGAACCUGUGGCUUUCCGACCACUUGUGGAAGCGGUCUUGGAGUGCGCAGCUUUGGACUCAGACCGGGAUGCCGUUGCUCUGACUUUUAACUUCUGGUAUGAGUUGAAGCUAUACCUUGCCGUCGAGAUUUAUAUCCAAGCCCGGGUCCAGUACGUCGACGUAUUUUCAAGUUUGGUCGACAUAAUGCUCAAGCAGCUGGAAUUUCCUGCCGAAACUCCAGGUGAAACGGAUCUUUUUGAUGGAGAUCGUGAAGCUGAGGAAAAUUUCCGAGAGUUCCGACACCAUAUGGGAGAUGUGUUGAAGGAUUGUUGCGAAAUUAUGGGAGUGACGGAAUGUCUCUCCAAGGUUCUGGAUCGUAUAAAAACAUGGAUGGGGGCUUAUGCAGGUCAAGCAACAGCCAACUCUGUUCCCCACUGGCAACAACUCGAAGCACCUCUGUUCAGCAUGCGGGCGAUGGGCAAAAUGGUUGACAAAGAUGAAGAUAUCAUUUUACCACAGAUCAUGCCUCUAAUUGUUCAGAUCCCUCAUCAUGAAAAAUUGCGAUUUGCUACAAUCAUGGUCUUGGGUCGCUAUACGGAAUGGACUUCAAACCAUCCGGAACUUUUGGAAUCCCAGUUCACGUAUAUCGUCUCGUCAUUUGCAACCGACUCCAAGGAAAUUAUUCGGGCGGCAGCUAUGUCUAUGAAGUACUUUUGUACAGAUUGCAAACACUUUCUGAGUGGACAGGUGGUACAACUGCAACAGUUCUAUGACCAGACUCUUGACAGUCUCCCAGGUAUCAGUCAAGAAGAACUGACUGAUGGAGUUGCAAAUGUUGUCGCAGUUCAACCGCCCACCCAAACUUUCGAACUCCUCAAGCUUUAUUGUGACCCUUUGAUGACUAGAUUGAUGGCCAAGGCCAACGCAGCUACAGACGAUGAAGGAAAGCUCGCGGUCGCAGGUUCGUACAUAUUCUUGUAAUCUUUCCCGGUCCUAGCUAACCUGUCAUAGACCACAUGCAGUUAAUCACAAUUUUCAUCCAGAAUGUGAAGCCAUACGUUGAGCCCGGACAGGAAAAUCCUGCUGUCAAGUAUUGCCAGGAGAUCUUCCCUAUUCUAUCCACCAUAUUGGACACCUUUUCAACAUUUACACCAAUUUGUGAACGUAUCUGCCGUUGCUGGAGACAUAUGGUUCUCUCAUAUCGUACUGCAACCAGUCCCCUCCUGCCUCAAAUGGCAAACAAACUUGCUAGCGGAUUUUCUACGUCGAAGCAGGGGUGUUUCCUCUGGGCUACGAGCGCUAUCCUCAGAGAAUUCUCGGAAGAUCGGGAACAUGUGGAUGAAAAUACUACCGAGUCCAUAUAUUCUUUCUUUGAGGUUCAAUCGAGAAACAUGCUUCAGACAAUGAGCGAUUUGCCACCACAAGACUUGCCUGAUGUUAUCGAGGAUUUCUAUCGUCUAUUAGUGGAUGCGUUACUCUAUUACCCACACAAGUUGAUUGGCUCCGAUAUUUUCGCGCCUAUCUUGCAAGCCGCUGUAGCAGCACUGUCUCUCCAGCAAAGAGAGCCCCUUACUGCAACCCUCCACUAUAUUCGAGACGUUAUUGGGUAUGGGGGUGACAAUCCGCCAAGCUCAAGCAGAAGCCCAAAUCCAAUUGAGAUUCAAAAUGCGGUAAAGGCACUUUUGGUCGCCAAUGGCGAGCACCUUGUGAAGUCAAUCUUGGCUGGUAUGAUGAUUACUUUCCCGGAUGACUGCUUCACAGAUGGUAGCGGUGCGCUUUUGGGCCUAUUCGAAAUAUUGCCUGAGCAGACAGCUUUGUGGGUUGACAAGACAGUCCGCUUGCUUCCUGCUGGUACUGUUCGUGAGGCAGAAAUUGAUCGGCUUAUGUCGGGGAUUCAGGAACGUCUGGCGCUCGGGAAGGAUGGUUUCCGCAAGGUCCGCAGUCUUCUGCAAGAUUUUACAAACGCCUAUCGAAGACGAUAUGUCGCCCCUAGGGAUGGAUUAGGCAGUCUGGAGGCGGAGAGAUUCCAUUACCAGGCCUGAUAGCCUCCAACCCGAGAGGAGAAUUUAUACCCCCUUUACUGAUAAUCUCUCCUCCGUUCCAUAUUUGGUUUUUCAGUUUAGUCCUUUUCUUUUAUGUUGGGUUUGGUUUGUUGCAUGGCAUAGCGAUGGAGAUUGGUCAAAUCUCAAGGGUGUGAGUUUAGAGGCUUGGGUUUUUCGGCCUAUUGUGGAGGAUGAACGGGUUGGGUUGGCUUGGCUUGGAAGCGUGAAAAAAGAUAUAUCGUAGGUGGUUGGUUGGUAUGAUGGGAAGAGGGAUGGAUGAAUGGAUGAAUGGAUGAAUGGAUGAAUGAAUGGAUUGAUGGGUGAGAGGCAUAUUUGAGCGUAUACAUGGAACUGAAUGGAUGGAGUUACGGAGGUGAUAUCUUGUUUUCUCCUUUCAACCGUUCGUUUCUUUCGCUUUUACUUCUCAAGAGAAGAUGAGAUAUCGUGGCGACAGGUAGGAAGUGAAAGCAGAAAUGGAAAAAUUAUAUUUGGACAUUGUAGUACCGGUAGUCAAGAUUUUUCAUUCCAUGAGUCUGCGGUAAUAGAGGUGUUAUAUUUCCUUAAUCAAGGGAGGAAGAAAAGGAC